AUGCUAAUUGCUCUCCAACCUGGUCCCGGGUCACCGGCGCAUGCGCAGUGGGCUGCCUGCGCUCGGAGGGCGUCUCACCGGCCUAUUUCUCCCCUGCAGCUUUCUGGGCGGUCAGAAGAGCGCCAGGACUGUGGCGUUGGGCAGUUACCGCGUUCAGCCCCACUUUCCCCAAACCGGGAAGCCGCCCCGAGGGAAAAAUCCCCGGACGCCAGCGGGGGGAGGGGUGUGUGUGUGGGGUGUACACUCCGCAAAGCUACGGGCUCGAGGUGGGCGGGGGCACUGGGCUCCCCCGCCCCGGGCACCGACCCCAGGCCGGGGCGGCGGCGCUCUCCCACCGCGCCUCUGGGGACUCGCAGACGGCAGCGAGACCGGCCGGCGCGCUGGGCAUGCUCAGUUGCCGGGCGCCGGGCUCGCGAGUCGGANCACUGCAAGGUGCUGCCCGCCAACCACCGGGUGACCUGGGACUCGGCGCAGGUGUUCGACCUGGCGCAGACCCUCCGCGAUGGAGUCCUGCUCUGCCAGCUGCUCAACAAUCUCCGGGCGCACUCCAUCAACCUGAAGGAGAUCAACCUGAGGCCGCAGAUGUCCCAGUUUCUCUGUUUGAAGAACAUAAGGACAUUCCUCACAGCCUGUUGUGAGACCUUUGGAAUGAGAAAGAGUGAACUCUUUGAAGCAUUUGACCUGUUUGAUGUUCGUGACUUUGGAAAGGUUAUAGAAACACUAUCACGACUUUCUCGCACACCUAUAGCGUUGGCUACAGGAAUCAGGCCGUUCCCAACAGAAGAGAGCGUUAGUGAUGAAGACAUCUACAAAGGCCUUCCUGACUUAAUAGAUGAAACGCGCGUGGAGGAUGAAGAAGGCCUCUACGACUGUGUUUAUGGGGAGGACGAAGGAGGAGAAGUCUACGAGGACUUAAUGAAAGCGGAGGAAGCACAUGAACCCAAAUGUCCAGAAAAUGACAUACGAAGUUGCUGCCUCACAGAAAUUAAGCAGACAGAAGAAAAAUACACAGAAACAUUGGAGUCAAUAGAAAAAUAUUUCAUGGCACCACUAAAAAGAUUUCUGACAGCAGCAGAAUUUGAUUCAGUAUUCAUCAACAUUCCUGAACUUGUAAAAGUUCAUCGGAACCUAAUGCAGGAGAUUCAUGAUUCCAUUGUAAAUAAAAAUGACCAGAACUUGUAUCAAGUUUUCAUUAACUACAAGGAAAGGUUGGUUAUUUACGGGCAGUACUGCAGUGGAGUGGAGUCAGCCAUCUCUAGUUUAGACAACAUUUCUAAGACAAAGGAAGAUGUAAAGCUGAAAUUAGAGGAAUGUUCCAAAAGAGCAAAUAAUGGAAAAUUCACUCUUCGAGAUUUACUUGUGGUUCCUAUGCAACGUGUUUUAAAGUAUCACCUUCUCCUCCAGGAAUUGGUCAAACAUACCACUGAUCCUAUGGAGAAGGCAAAUCUGAAACUGGCUCUUGAUGCAAUGAAGGACUUGGCACAAUAUGUGAAUGAAGUGAAAAGAGAUAAUGAGACCCUUCGUGAAAUUAAACAGUUUCAGCUCUCUAUAGAAAAUCUGAACCAACCAGUUUUGCUUUUUGGACGACCUCAGGGAGAUGGUGAAAUUCGAAUAACUACUCUAGACAAGCAUACGAAACAAGAAAGGCAUAUCUUCUUAUUUGACUUGGCAGUGAUUGUAUGUAAAAGAAAAGGCGAUAACUAUGAAAUGAAGGAAAUAAUAGAUCUUCAGCAGUACAAAAUAGCCAACAAUCCUACAACUGAUAAAGAAAAUAAAAAGUGGUCUUAUGGCUUCUACCUCAUCCAUACCCAAGGACAAAACGGGUUAGAAUUUUAUUGCAAAACAAAAGAUUUAAAGAAAAAAUGGCUGGAACAGUUUGAGAUGGCUUUAUCGAACAUAAGGCCAGACUACGCAGACUCCAAUUUCCAUGAGUUCAAGAUGCACACCUUCAAUCGGGUGACCUCCUGCAAAGUCUGCCUGAUGCUCCUGAGAGGAACAUUUUAUCAAGGCUAUUUAUGUUUUAAGUGUGGCGCGAGAGCACACAAGGAAUGUUUGGGAAGAGUAGACAAUUGUGGCAGACUUAAUUCUUCUGAACAAGGGACGCUCAAACCACUGGAGAAACGGACCAACGGACUCCGGAGAAGCCCCAGACAGGUGGAUCCAGGUUUACCAAAGAUGCAGGUCAUUAAGAACUAUACUGGCGCUCCGCCCCCGGCCCUCCAUGAAGGACCCCCACUACAUAUCCAAGCUGGGGAUACGGUCGAACUGCUGAGAGGAGAUGCACACAGUCUGUUUUGGCAGGGUAGAAAUUUAGCAUCUGGAGAGGUUGGAUUUUUUCCAAGUGAUGCUGUCAAGCCUUGCCCAUGUGUGCCCAAACCAGUAGAUUAUUCUUGCCAGCCCUGGUAUGCUGGACCAAUGGAAAGAUUGCAGGCAGAGACUGAACUUAUUAAUAGGGUAAAUAGUACUUACCUUGUGAGGCACAGGACCAAAGAGUCAGGAGAAUAUGCAAUUAGCAUUAAGUACAAUAAUGAAGCAAAGCACAUCAAGAUUUUAACAAGAGAUGGCUUUUUUCACAUUGCAGAAAAUAGAAAAUUUAAAAGUUUAAUGGAACUUGUGGAGUACUACAAGCAUCAUUCUCUUAAAGAAGGUUUCAGAACCUUGGAUACAACCCUACAGUUUCCAUACAAGGAGCCCGAACAUUCAGCUGGACAGAGGGGUAAUAGAGCAGGCAACAGCUUGCUAAGUCCGAAAGUGCUGGGCAUUGCCAUCGCUCGGUAUGACUUCUGUGCCAGAGACAUGCGAGAGUUGUCCUUGCUGAAAGGAGAUGUGGUGAAGAUUUACACGAAGAUGAGUGCGAAUGGCUGGUGGAGAGGAGAAGUAAAUGGCAGGGUGGGCUGGUUUCCAUCCACGUACGUGGAAGAGGACGAAUAAAUUGCACUCCAGCGUUGCACCCUGCACCAGAAAUCUCCGAAAAGGGAUACGCAGAAGCCUGCACAGCAUUGUGAAUUAACCGAAGUGUUUAAAAAGCCACAUUUCUGGCUGUUCAACCUCCUCUCUCCUCUUCCCCUCCUAAGUCUUAAUGCUGGGAUUUCUAAAGAUGCUGGUACUGACAGAUUAAUGGGCUGCCUAGAGCUGUGCAAGACACAGCCUGCCAGUCUGUCAUUGUCGGGGACCAGGGCAAAGCCAAAAGCUUCUUUUCCCAAAAGAGCCCUGCAAACACAUUGGUUCGUGUUUCUUUUUCCUCCGUGCGGUCAGACACCGUGAAUGCCAGCUAUUAGUAAAUGUGGAACACAUAUUUACUUUCUCCUCACGUGCCAUUCGCCAGAAUUUUUGAUGGUAGAAAGAAGAAGUUUCAUUUUGCUUUUCCCAGCAUGAGGAGAAACUGGGGUUUCGCUAUUGGGGCCGCGGACGGGAAAGGUCCAGCACUACUCGUGUCUUCAGUUGCCUCACAAGGUGACUCAUUGCCUGGCAAACACUUUUACCCCCAGAUGUUACUCAUGAUAAAACAGAAGAGGCAGAUGCUCAAGGUUGCUUCGUAAGUGACGUGUCCCAGGGGGGUUCCAAUUAUUCAUUUGACGUUCUGAUUCUAUUUGGAAACUUCUUUAUAAAAAAAAAAUACAUAAAAGCGAGCGUCUUCAUAUUAAAAUUUCACAACCUUCAUGAUUUCGUAGGGUUAAUUUUGGAAAUGUGUACUUGAUGAAAUAAUCUGGGCUGGGUAUGUUGUAGGUAGUUUCAGGUAACCUGGGUAAGGUGACGUUGUUUACAGAAAUAGAUCAAGGGCUAUAAUCGAGAGUCAAUCAUUUUAUAAAAGCAACAUCUAUGAACAUAGGCCUUCCUGCCCACCCACUUCCCUGUCCCUGCAAAAAAAAAAAAAAAAAAAAAAAAAAAAAGACCUGGUCCAUAUCUUCUGAAUCUCACAUUUACCUGGAGUAUUUACAGUAGCACGAACAACUUUGCUGAGAAUCUUAUAAGGGAAACACAGCUGGGUCCUUUAUGCAUUUCUGGGACAGGAGGGUCACUGAGGCUUUUCUGGUCUUAUUCACUGUAGGCUCCCAGCUUCUCACUAGGACCUUCCCAUCUGCAGGCCCUUUUGGGGUGUGUGUUAACUGGUAGAAAGAUCAGUUUUGUGGUGCAUUUAUUUGACCAAGAUUUUACUUUUCAUGUGAGAAGUUUAAAUACGUUCUUCCUGAGAUAUACAGAGUCCUCAGUCAAGGCAUUCAAGUUAAGACAUUAACCUGGCCCUUUCUUGAUGAAAUAUUUUCUCCAGAGCAGAAGUCUUGUUCGGACACGAUUCAGACAGUGUUUCAUGUUUGAAGACAACAAAGCAGAACUUUAGAAGCAUUAACUUAAUAGAGCCAAAGUAGGCACAUUGGGUAGUGAAAUUUUAGAUCAUCUCUGACAUGUGAGGUAGGUGUGGCCCGCCCUCUCCCCAACCCACUUUAAUGCCAGACCUUGAUGUGCAGUAGACAUCCCCCUUCAGAGACCUUUGUGAGCUAGGACUUCUCAAAAGAUAGAUUCAGGACCUUUACCUCAGAAUUAUGUAAACUGUGAUUGUGUUUUAGAGAAAUUAUUAUUUGCUAAAACCAGUUAAGUUUUUGUAUAUGUGUAAAUGAUCACAAAAAUGAAUUUUAUAAAAUGUUCUGUACAGUCAAGUUGUACCCUCGAGGUGUACUCUUGGAGUGGAUUCUUUCCUAUGACGUCUUAUCUGCGACUCUGUGUCUCGGGAAUGUUUUGUCUGUUACUGUCAGCCAAAUGGCGUUAUGGAGAAAGUCGCGUCACACAAAUUGAAACGCUCCUGUGCACAGUACUGUAACUUGUACUAUUUCUUUUAUUGUUAUUUUAGCCGAUAGACCCCCUCCCUUACAAGUGGUGUUGGUCUUCCUGUUACAUUUCAUGGACCUGGGGGUUUCCUAGCAGAGGACAUUAGAGCCCCUUUUCACGACGUUACCCAUUACAUCUUUGUCUACGUUUAAUACUUUGUAUUAGAAAUUUUAAAUGCUGCGGAUUUGUGUAGAUUUCUAAUACCAAAGACAGAAGUAAACUUUUUUUUUCCCAUAUGCUUUGUCUUGCCCGUAUGCAGCCGUUGUGUAAUAUGGUGAAUUAGAGUGGUAUUUCACUUUGUAAUGUUUUGUAAAUAUGUCAAUACAAUAAAUAGUUACUACUUGCAUUAAAUUGA